CGAAAGCAUCGAAAUCAUCACAAGCAUCGAAAUUAUAACUAGGAAGAUGUUUCCACGAGAGAACUACAAUUAGCUACCACUCUCUCAUCCUUGAAGGGUCACUUGGGUCUUCGAAGUCGGGGCUCUCUCCUGAUGCAACUGGGUAUUGAUGGCACCCUACAGAAGCUUCUUCCAUAUCACUCGCUAUUGCAGUGGACGAGAUGGGGAGAGGAGGAAGAAUGGCGAAGAUAGAGAAGUGGUCGUAUCAAUAGACUUCAUCUCGCUGUCAGGUACAGUGCAUCGGCAGCAGAAGAAUUCUGUGGUGAGGGUGGUUCUUGCAGGUGGGAUGGUUGAACUUUAUGCAGGUGCAGUUUCAGCGCAGUUGGUGAUGGAGAAGUACCCAGGGCUAUGCCUCACGAGGCCGGACGUCUUCAGGAGACCCCAUGAAUCCCUUGUGAGCCCCAAGGAAAGGCUACUCCCGGGCCAGAAGUUCUACCUCGUGCCGCGAUCGACGGUGAAGAAGCUGAGACAAAACAUUCGUAAUGGUCCAGAAGAAGGUCUCGGAGCAGCAGCCGUCGAGGAAGCAAGCGUCAGAGAUGCUGAGGAAAGAGAAGAGUUAUCAGAUGAAUCGAUCUGUUCUGCCAAGGAUUUCUACGUUUCGAAGGAGACAUGGGCUGAGUGCUUCCUGAAAAGGUUCGAGAAAGGGGCUGAGCAACACAAACAAAACAAGCCUUUCACUCCUCCAUUCAAGAAGGUGAAACAACAGAUAGGAACGCUGGGUGGGUGGAAACCCAGCCUCAGUUCAGUGAAAGAGUUGUCUCCAUGAGCAGUUCUUCUUCUGAUAUCACAUGUAAUAACAAUUAAUUCCCAGCUUUCCUUCUCACAUGCAUCCAUGCACGAAUAAGGAUCAGAAAUUGAUUAUCUUUUAAUGUAUUAAGCAAUAAUUUCCUUCCUUUUUUUUUUGUGUGUAUAUGCUGUUCGUCCGGGCAAUCAUCUUUAUCCUUUAUUAUGAACAAAGAUCUUACCAUGUUAGAUUACAUCUCG